UUAGAUAUAAAUAUAUUGUUUGCCUGUGUACAUGGUAACAUAGGGUGCUGAAACUUCACAGUGCAUCAUCACAAGGCUCUGUGUGUCUUCUCUCCCCCUCCUCCUCCACCACCACCACCACCCCUGCAAUUCUCAGCAGACAGUGACUUCCUGAGAGGCUGAUCUUCUCACACGACUUUUGUUUCUUUUUUCUUCUCUUCUGAGAUCAGAUUAGUGAUAAGAAAACCAGUGCCCUGACAUUACCCACUGCCCUAAUACAGAGCCCCUCGGCCCUGCCUGCUCUUGGUUGUUGGGUAGAACUUGCUCUGACUCCUAGAAGAGUCUCUCCUUACAGUCUAGAUUUCGGUGUCUUCCUCUCUCUAACCCCCUGCUGUUGUAAUGCGUAUUCCCGUAGACCCGAGCACCAGCAGGCGCUUCACCCCUCCAUCCACCUCCUUUUCCUGCGGUAAAAUGGGAGACAACAACGGGACCAUCAGCUCUUCUGCCCCGGGGAGGACCAGGUCGGAGAUCCGGACGGUGGUGGAUGUUCUGGCUGACCAUGCAGGGGAGCUUGUAAGGACCGACAGUCCAAACUUCUUGUGCUCAGUGCUACCUUCACACUGGAGAUGUAACAAGACCCUGCCUGUUGCCUUCAAGGUUUUGGCUUUAGGAGAUGUUCCUGACGGAACGGUGGUCACAGUUAUGGCUGGAAAUGAUGAGAACUAUUCAGCUGAAUUGCGCAAUGCCUCCGCUGUCAUGAAGAACCAAGUGGCUCGGUUCAAUGAUCUUCGAUUUGUUGGGAGAAGCGGAAGAGGGAAAAGUUUCACCUUGACAAUCACAGUUUUCACGAGCCCUACACAGGUUGCUACAUACCACAGAGCCAUCAAAGUGACAGUAGAUGGACCACGAGAACCAAGAAACCAUAAUUGCAGAAGGAAAAACGAAGACAUUUUACAGAAGACUUUUCUUAUUGCUCAGCUACAGGAUCAUGAUUCUUCAAAAAUAUGGCACCGCCAGAAGCUUGAAGAGCAAGGCAAGGUCUUCUCCGAACGUUUCAGCGAAUUGGAACUCAUGCGCCGGCAAACUCUCAGAGCUCAAUCAAACCCAAAUCCACGUCCAACUCUGACAAACCCAAACCACUUCAGCAACCAAGCUCAGUCUCAAAUACAAGCAACUGAUCUUUUCUCUGAUCCAAGACAAUUUGAUCGUUCAUUUCCUACUCUUCCAUCGCUUACAGAGUCCAGAUUUCAAGAUGCUCGCAUGCAUUAUCAAGGAGCUAUGUCCUCUGCCUUCUCCUACACAGCAUCACCUUCAACAACUGGAAUUGGAGGCAUUAGCAUGACUGGCAUGCCAACCGCUACUCGAUUCCAUCACACCUACCUUCCACCCCCCUACCCUGGCUCUUCUCAAAACCAAAGUGGACCAUUCCAGACAAACGCAUCUCCGUAUCAUUUAUACUACGGCACAUCAUCGGGUUCUUACCAAUUCUCUAUGGUAGCAGGAGAGCGCUCUCCAUCAAGAAUACUCUCCUCUUGUACCAGCAUAUCAGCUGGGAAUAAUUUAAUGAACCACAACUUGGCCAACCAAAGUGAUGGAGUUGAUGCUGAUGGUAGCCAUAGCAAUUCCCCUACAACCAUGACCACAAGUGGUAGAAUGGAUGAGUCUGUCUGGAGGCCUUACUAAAACAUUUAUGUGAACAUUCUAAGGCUACAAAAAAUAGUCAUUCUGCAACAGACUUCUCCACUGAUGAGUCUCUACUAAUGGACAUUUUAUGUAUUAUAAGGGACUGACCAGAGAAUGGUUUAUUGAGCAAAGACUUGAAUAAAGCAGUGCUUCUAAUGAAUGUUUGAGAACAUUACUUCAGUAUGGUUAGUCCAUGCUAUUAUUUCUUUCCUAUGUAUGCAUUACCAUCUCACUGUGAACAUUGCAUUACAUUAGGGCAGAAAUGUAAGAAUCGAGUGUUGCAUAACUCACAAUAUGUGAUUGAAUAGAAAAUGUAACCACAUGUAUAUUUCUUGUAUAUAUGCUAAUGAGUCUUUUGUUUACAGCUAAAUAGUAUGCAACAGUAAGCUAGAUGCGCUCAGAAACCAAAUGAUUUAUCAGUAUUAGUGGACCCCAGUACAGGUAGGAUUACACUGUUAUUUCCAGGGGCCCUAAAAUUGCACAGUAUAUCUCAAUGGCAGCUCUGUAUAUAUUAGCUGGAUUGAACCUUGCGGUUUGCUACAUAAUGCAUUAUCGGAAUAUUAGAUCUUGAUUUUAUUGAUGAAGUUGAGCACGCAACGACAGGUACAAGGGAACUGCAGGAAAUCUAUAACUGUUACAUGUGUUAAACUGCAGCCCAUGUGAUUUGAAUAUUUAAUUUAUAAUUAUGUUA